CUCAAGUCCCCAUAAGAUGGCAGGACUCAAUGCAAAGCAUCAAUCCACUUGAACGGGAGAGUUAUGCAUGUUUAAUUGAUCUUCAUAAGUAUAAUAUUAUACUUUUCUACCUUCUCCCAAUCAUCGUUUGACAAUCACUUUUGAGUUAGUGCCAAGCAUCGAUUUUGAUAUAACCCUUCAUAAGACCUUCCUCGAUUAUACCUUCAUGAGUCCGUUUGUGCGUCAUUUUAAAGACUCAUCCUAAACCGAGUUGUAGUCCUAGAUCUACGGAAUUCCUAAACUCUACCUAACAGGUAGGUAAAGCUUGGACACCACUGUUCAACCAAGACCCGUGAUAUCGAGAAUCUAGUCCAGGAGUAAAAAAGGAGUAAAGGGGCAAGAUGGCAUCGCCACCCAAAACAUACCUCGACCUAAUCAAGGCGUGCGACAACUUCCCCUACAUCAACAUCCCACAAACCCCCAUCGCCGAAUCCCCCAACCCAAUCUUCUACCAGCUCCUGCUGCCCUCGGACCCGCGUCCGCACGGGUUCAUGCACCCCGCCACGGUGGCCGCCAUGCCAUGGACCUCGCACUUCGCCAUCAGCGCACCGGAAGCCCGGCCCCGCACCGUGCAAGUCCUCGACCCCACCAACGGCGCCGACCCCCGCGGCUCCUGCAACGCCGCCUUUGCUGCCGUCGUCCAGCGCGCCAAGGACCUAGACGUUUUCGAAUCCCUCAGUAAGCGGAAAUCUACUGAGGACUACCGCAUCGUCGGGGCAAAGUACCCCACCGUUCAGCUGCGGCGGGCUGCGGCUCCGCUGUUUGGGAUCGCUUGUUUGGGUGUGCAUUUGACGAUGUAUGUGCGGGAGGGGGAUGGGGAAUUUCGGAUCUGGGUUCCGCGGCGAAGUCGCAAGAUGAAUACGUACCCUGGUAAACUGGACUCGACGAUUGCCGGGGGCGUGGCGGCGCAUGAAUCCCCGCUCGAAUGUCUAGUCCAUGAGGCUGCUGAGGAAGCGUCGUUGCCCGAAUCCCUAAUACGCGAGCGUGCGCGGGCUUGUGGUGCGAUCACGUACGUGGGGACAAGUGACACGGGACCGGAGGCCGGGCUAACGGCUUCGGGGGUGUUGUAUGUGUACGAUAUGGAGGUGGACGAGACGGUUGUGCCGAAGCCGAUGGAUGAUGAGGUGGAGGAGUUUUACCUCUGGGAUGUGCGGCAGGUGAAAGAGGCGCUGCUGCGAGACGAGUUUAAGACGAAUUGUGCUUCGGUUAUGAUUGAUUUUUUCGUGAGACAUGGGAUUAUUACGGAGGAGAAUGAGCCGGAUUAUCUAGAGAUUACUACGAGAUUGCAUCGUUCGCUUCCUGUACCGUUGACCUCGUCAGCUUGAGGAAGUUGGUGGUGUAUUGAGAAGACAUGAUCAGGGUUUAAGACUUUGGGUGAAUAUAAAGGGUCCAUGAAAUCAUUUUAAGGGUAAAUUUAUCAUAGCGUAGGCGGAAUAUAGGAGAUAGACUACGGUAUGUCCUUAGAAUUCCUAAAUAUGAGGCCAACAUAUUAGGGCCAAUAUCUUAGAGUAAGAAUUUCACGUAGUUCAAUUGGAUCUAGAAUAUUGUUGUAUGCA